UCUAAUACGCCCUUGAUUUUACACUCACCACCCUCUCUCUCCUCUCUCAUCUCCCUCUCUUCUUGCUCUGUUUUGUUAUAUAAAGGAGUUAGGUGUUCUAAUGCACAUUGUCCAACUCCAAACCAACUACAAUUUUUGUCAGAGAGAGAGAGAGAAGGUUGAGAAUUCAAUCCUUCAUAGUCCUAUCCAUAAUUCCAAUAUGGAUUCCAACUUUAUCCAAUUAUUCCCAAAUUCAAAUCAAUCUUUCUCAUUAGAUGAGCUACUUCACUACCAUAAUUCACUCCCUUUCGAUGUCAAUGAUUCCGAAGAAAUGCUUCUCUUCGGAGUCCUAGCCGAAGGUGCGUCAAUGGACCACUCAUCAUCGGAAACAGCCUCCUCCGCCGCCACGGGUGGCGGCGGAGUCAAGGAGGAGGAAGUCACCUCCAUUGCAGCGUCAGAAGAAGAACCCAAGAAGGAAAAAGCAUACAGAGGAGUCCGGAGGCGGCCGUGGGGGAAAUUCGCGGCGGAGAUUAGGGAUUCGACGAGAAAUGGAAUCCGGGUUUGGCUCGGAACCUUCGACAGCGCGGAGGCGGCCGCCUUGGCCUACGACCAAGCGGCAUUUUCGACGAGGGGGGCGAUGGCGGUGCUCAAUUUUCCGGUGGAGAGAGUCCGGGAAUCGCUCCGGGACAUCAAGUGUGGCGGCGGUGGGGAGGAGGAGGGUUGUUCUCCGGUGGUGGCGCUCAAGAAGAGACACUCAAUGAGAAAGAAGUCAUUGGUUGCUAAAAAAAAGAACAAGGUUAAAGACAAGGUAGUGGUGGUGUUGGAGGACUUGGGAGCAGAGUACUUGGAGCAACUACUUAGUAAUUCUUCUUAGAAAUGGAGGGUAUUUUAGUCAAAUCAACAUCUCCCAAGCAACCUUUUUCCUUUUUUGGUUACAUUAUCAUCUUUUUUUUUUCUUUUUUUUUCUUUUCAAUUUUGUUUAGCUCUUCUCUCUUUGCUAUUUUCAGAAAGAAGGGUACCAAAUGUUUCCUUCGGGUUUCCUCAAACUGAAAAUUGGCCCUCGUUUGACCUUUUUGUUCACUUGUAAAUUUGGAAAUUGUUAAAUAUUUUGAGGUUCGCCAUCUCUUCGUACCGUA